CCCACCCCGAAAUCCAAAUCCUCACGCACCACCGCGCCGAUCUCCCAAGGAAACACCACCAACUCCUUUCAUCCCCGCAGCAGAUCCCCAGCAAUGGCCCGCACGAAGCAGACGGCGCGCAAGUCAACGGGCGGCAAGGCGCCGCGGAAGCAGCUGGCGACGAAGGCGGCGCGGAAGUCGGCCCCGGCGACCGGCGGCGUGAAGAAGCCGCACAGGUUCCGCCCGGGCACCGUCGCGCUCAGGGAGAUCCGCAAGUACCAGAAGAGCACGGAGCUGCUCAUCCGCAAGCUCCCCUUCCAGCGCCUCGUCCGUGAGAUCGCGCAGGACUUCAAGACCGACCUCCGGUUCCAGAGCUCCGCCGUGUCCGCGCUGCAGGAGGCCGCCGAGGCAUACCUCGUCGGGCUCUUCGAGGACACCAACCUCUGCGCCAUCCACGCCAAGCGCGUCACCAUCAUGCCCAAGGACAUCCAGCUCGCGCGCCGCAUCCGUGGGGAGAGGGCCUAGGCUGUGUGUGCGUCCUUGCCGUUGUUUCCUGCUCGAUUUGGUUUGGUUCCGAGGGAAUCUGUUUAGUCCUGUUAUUCUAGUCCGCCUAUGCUUCCUGUGUUAUUAGGUUCUAGUCGAUGCUAUGGUUGUAUGCUUGCUUUCGAUCCCUAGUUCGAAAAUUUCAAU